AUGAUACUUUGCUAAUUAAUUUAUUGUGUAUAUUUACUUUUAGGCUUUACUGAAGUGACUGUUAUUGCAACAGAUUGUGGAAUACCUCAGCGGACAGGCCGCAUCGUAGGAGGUAAGGAUGCUCAGCCCAGUAACUGGCCCUGGCAAGUGAGUCUGUGGGCUAAAGGCCAACACAUCUGCGGUGGAACCUUGAUCAACGACAAGUGGGCUGUUACUGCAGCUCACUGCUUCAUUGAAAACAGUUUGACGGCCGAGUCAGUCACCAUAUAUCUAGGGUCUUACAAACUUCGAGAGAAAGAUCCUCAGGAAGUUUCUGUUAGGGUGACAAAAGUCAUCAACUAUCCCAAGUACCAGAGACCUACAGACAGCGGGGAUAUCAGCCUCAUGGAGCUCUCCAGAAGGGUGAACUUCACAAAGUACAUCUGGCCCAUUUGUCUACCUGCAGCUGGAGUGAUCUUCCCAACAGGCCUUAAAUGCUGGGUGACUGGCUGGGGGCAAACCAGGGGUGGCAGUAACCAGUCAUUGGCGGAGACCCUACAGGAAGUGUCGGUGCCUUUGAUUGACGCACAGAAGUGCAAUGAGUUAUAUAAUACCAAAAAUCCACAAGGCGCUCUUAAAGCUUACAUACAAAAUGGCAUGAUAUGCGCUGGUUACAUCAAUGGUGGAAAAGCCUCCUGCCAGGGUGACUCUGGAGGGCCAGUAGUGUGCCAGGAGGGGAGACAGUGGUACUUGGCCGGGGUGGUGAGCUUUGGAGCAGGGUGUGCCCUGUCAUACAGACCCGGUGUAAACACCUUGGUUACUGCACACGUGGACUGGAUUGAGGCAAAUGUUCCCAACGUCUCUGCCAAUAUCCAGAAUGUGACAUUUACGUCCAGAUUGGUCUCCAUUAUUAGUGCGGCGCCAACUGUCUCCAUUCCCACUUUCUUCAUCCCGUUUGUUCUCAUCCUGCUGCUCAGUCAAUAAAACGGCUCAUUACAACUUGCACUAAUAAUUGUGAAUAUGGAUAUGCAAUCACUGGCACAGGCAUUCUGAUGUAAACUUACCCCUUGAUGGAAAGAUUUUCAGAAGUAUUAGGUUUAAGCCUCCUUUUAAUUUUUGAUGCUUGGCCAGUCCCCCAACUUAGCUCAUAUCAGUUGUAUGAAAAGUAAUUGGGACAGGCAACUUGAUUUGGUCACAUGUCAAUGAACUUUUAGGUUUGUCCCUAUCAUUUGAUCCCUUGGACACCCAUGGAUUCUAAUCCCACAGUUUGGAUAUCUGAGCAUGACCUUUUAUACAUGUGUCUCUACCCAGGAACAUCUCAUUGAGCACCAGCCAAGGACAAUUCCAUUUAGUCCCUUCUAAUUUCCACCCCAGGACCAUAUACUGCAACACCAUAGACUAUACCAUUUAGCACUGUGUAUAUUCUGAGCACAGAGACCCGCAUUUGCCUCCCCGUUCAAAAUUGCUAUAUUCAUAGGAUACGGACAGUGUAUCCCCCUCCCCCGCCUAUCACUUUACCUGUGUGUCACUUUGUGCAGAUAUCCACUGUAACCAAUCAGAAGCUAGCUUUAAUCAUCAUCUAAUGCUAGAAACAUAUCUUGAUUGGUUGUAUAGGUAACUAGUUGAGAGAGAUAGUUCACCUUUAAGUCAACUUUUAGUAUGUCAAACAAUAGGCAAUAAUUCUUAGCAAGUUUUCAGUUGUUCUUCAUUAUUUAAUAGUUUUGCCUUGUUCUUCUGACUUUUUCCAGCUUUUAAAUGGGGGUCACUGACCCCAGCAGUCCAUAAAUGAUUGCUUUGUAAGGUCACAAUAUUAAGAUUAUUAUUUUUUAUUAUAUAUAUUUCUAU